AUGGGGGAAAUGUAUGAAAACGAAAAUUACGCGCACGACAUGGAGUUCGGCAGCGGGGGUCCGCCGCCGCCCGGCGUCAUGAAGGACAGACACGGCCCGCCGCCGCCACAUCAUCCGAUCAAGUUCCUGAAGACGAAGGAAGGCACCGCGAUGGUGCAGAUGGGUGACGGCGUGUCUGUAGAGCGCUGCGUCCAGAACUUGAAUAACGUCACCGUUGGAGAGUACACGCUCACUCUCGCGUUCUCAAAGCAAGCAUACCUGUCGGAGGUGAUGAACCCCUACCCCCUCCCCGACAAGAGCCCCUCCUUCAAGGACUACGUCGGCAACAAGAACAACCGCUUCCUGACGCCAGCCUCCAUACAUAAGAACAGGAUACAGCCUCCGUCCAAGAUAUAUUCUGAAAGGCAUAUGUCUAGUGGGCAGAUAAAUGAUGAUGAUGAUGAUGAUGGUGGUGAUGGUGGUGAUGUUGGUGCGCAGGUGUUGCACUUCUUCAACACGCCGCCGGACGUGUCGGAGGAGCAGCUGCUGCAGGUGUUCGCGGACUACGACGUGGCGCCGCCGCACACCAUCUCCAAGUUCCCGCUCAAGAGCGAGAGAUCAUCGUCCGGUCUGAUGGAGUUCACGACCAUCUCGCAGUCGGUGAUGGCCAUCAUGGCCUGCAACCACGCCACCAUACAGCACCCGGGUGCGAAAUUCCCGUUCGUGAUGAAGCUGUGCUUCUCAUCCUCACGGCAGAUCAGCCAGAAGGGUCAGCAGCAAACCAAGAGCCAGGAACAGAACAGACAAGCGCAGAAAAACGGCCUCGACGACGAAUACUAG